UCCUUUACUUCCCUAUCAGGGUUUAUAGUAAUGGUUUUGCUUGCCCAGAAUUUAGAUUCUUUUCUCUCUUACUUACUUACAGUGAGUACAAAGGCAGCUUUUUUUCUCCUACCUAGCUAGCUGCUGCUGCAACUACUGUCUCUUGUCCCCAUCAAAUUUUUUUUCCACUAGUAUUGUUGUGUCACUAUUCAAACUCAAGUGAUAUUGUAAAUCAAGAAAACUAAAAAAAGGGGGAAUUUUUCUUUAACUACAUUUCUUGAUUUAUGCAAGGAACAAGACAAUUUUGAGUAUAAAAAGAGUGAAGGGGGAAAUAUGCAGCAGCAGCACCUGAUGCAGAUGCAGCCCAUGAUGGCAGCCUAUUAUCCCAACAAUGUCACUACUGAUCAUAUUCAACAGUUCCUGGAUGAGAACAAAUCACUUAUUCUGAAGAUUGUUGAGAGCCAGAACUCUGGGAAAAUAAGUGAAUGUGCAGAGUCCCAAGCUAAACUUCAGAGAAAUCUUAUGUACCUUGCAGCUAUUGCUGAUUCACAGCCCCAGCCUCCUAGUAUGCAUUCACAGUUAGCUUCUGGUGGGAUGAUGCAGGGAGGGGCACAUUAUAUGCAACAACAACAAGCUCAACAACUAACAACGCAAUCGCUUAUGGCUGCAGCAAGAUCCUCCUCCUCAAUGCUCUAUGGACAACAACAACAACAACAAUUAUCAUCAUUGCAACAACAGCAAGCAGCCUAUCAUAGCCAGCAACUCGGAAUGAGCAGCUCUGGUGGAGGAAGCAGUAGUGGACUUCACAUGCUACAAAGCGAAAACACUCAUAAUGCUAGCAUUGGUGGUGGUGGUUUCCCUGACUUUGGCAGAGGAUUAGGCAGUGGAAACAAGCAUGAAAUGGGAAGUUCUAUGUCUGAUCAAGGACGGGGCGGAAGCUCAAGUGGUCAUGGUGGUGAUGGAGGUGAGAAUCUUUACUUGAAAUCUUCUGAAGAUGGGAAUUAAGUUUAUGUAUGUUAUUUUUCUUGUUAGUGAAGGAUUUUGAACUUAAAAGAAUAGCAUUUAAGGAUUUUGUUAUCUAAUGUGUUUGUGAAAAAACACAAGUCUCUUAUGCUUUUGAACUUUUGGGCUUAGUAUCUCAAAUGUUUGAAACUUUCACCUUCUAAAUAUCAUGUAAAUUUGUUAGGUCAUUUUGGUUUUCAA